AUGGCCUCGAUACGCUCCUGGUUGAGCAUCCGAACAGGCUCUCCUUUCUCAAUCGCCAAUAUCCCAUUCGGCAUCAUCUCGACGAAAGCUUCAGCGACUCCUCGCCCAGCCGUAGCCAUCGGAGACUGGGCACUGGACCUGGCUGAGUUCAGUGCUAACAAUGGCUUCUCCGGCUUAUCCACCAUCCAACCUCAUCAAGCUGUCUUCUCCGAGGCGACCUUGAAUGCAUUUGCAGCGCUUGGCCGGCCAGUGCAUGCUGCAGUCCGAAAGUACCUCCAGUCCGUCUUUCUCCUCGACACUCCUUUCCCGGAUGUCUUGAAGAACAACAAGUCCCUCCAAAACUCUGCGUUGCUUGCUUUGAAAGACGUUCAGAUGCAUGUGCCGUUUGAUAUUGGAGACUACACGGAUUUCUAUGCUGGAUUGAACCAUGCGUAUAACGUGGGAGUUCUCUUCAGAGGCCCAAGCAAUGCCCUACAACCGAACUACAAGCAUCUUCCCGUUGGCUACCAUGGACGUGCAUCAUCCAUCGUCGUCUCAGGCACCCCUAUCAGACGACCACGCGGUCAGAUUCUCGAGAACCCAGCUGCCGAGAAGAAGGUUCCCAUCUAUUCUGCCUGCCGAAAACUGGAUAUUGAACUCGAACUGGCUGCGUUCGUUUGCAAAUCAAACCCGCUCGGCGCACCGGUCCCGAUCGACGAAGCCGAGGACGCCAUCUUUGGAGUCGUGUUGAUGAACGACUGGUCUGCGCGAGAUAUCCAAGCAUGGGAAUACGUCCCGCUGGGUCCGUUCGGCGCAAAGAAUUUCGGCACAUCCAUUAGUCCCUGGGUCGUACUUGCGGAUGCAUUGAUGCCGUUCAUGGCCAAAGGGCUUGAGAACGAGAACGAGCUGCUGCCGUACUUGAAGCAAAGGAGCGAAAAGAAUAUGUACGAUAUCAACCUGAAGGUUGAGCUGGCCACAUCGGCGGGAAACACAACGACUCUUAGCGAGACAUCUUCGAGAAACCUGUUGUUCUCCUUCCCACAGAUGCUUGCGCACCAUUCCGUGACCGGAUGCAACAUGCAAGUUGGAGACCUGCUGGGGUCCGGAACGAUCAGUGGGCUGGAGGCACAUCAGCGUGGCUCGAUGCUCGAGCAAAACGAGAAUGGAAAGACGGCGAUCAAGCUUUCUGGUGGUGAGGAGCGAAAGUUCCUGGAGGAUGGAGACACAGUGGUUAUAUCAGGUGCUUGUGGGUCGGAUCCUAAUGCUCUGGUAGGGUUCGGGGAGUGUAGUGGCACUAUUUUGCCUGCGUUAAAGUCGUGA